AUGGGGCAUGUGAUCUCAAAGAAUGGAAUUGAAGUCGACCCAUCCAAGGUAAGAGCAGUUGUUGGUUGGAAACAACUAGAGAUUAUUACCAACAUUAGAAGUUUUGUUGGAUUAACUAGUUAUUAUCGGAGAUUUAUUGAAGGUUUUUAUAAGAUCUUAUCCCCAUUGACCCGACUUACAAAAAAAGACCAACCAUUUGCAUGGACAGAGGAUUGCGAGGCGAGUUUUAGACUGUUAAAGGAACGUUUGACGACCUCGCUAGUGCUAGUUUUACCACAACCUGAUGAACCCUGUGAAAUUUAUUGUGAUGCCUCUCACCAAGGAUUGAGAAGUGUCUUCAUGCAGAAUAAGAAGGCAGUAGCCUAUGCAUCACAACAAUUGAAAACACAUGAAAGGAACUAUCCAUGA